AUGCAUUUACGAGGAGCUGCUCGAUUGGCGCGAAGUUACAAUCACAACAGCAUCAUGCCCAAUCGCAAAACUGCCGCGAUUCUAGGUGAAGACGAGGCGAAAAGUGAACAGAGAGCAAUUUUUAUUCAGUUAUCGGAGACGAGAUUCUGAAAGGAACCACAGUCGACACCAAUUCGAACUUUUUGUGCAAAAGGCUACAUGCUCUCGGUGUCAAUGUGAGAAAGGUAUACAUGCCUCCAAAACAUAUAUCACAAAGGUUACUUGGAUAGAUUGCGGUGGUUGGAGAUGAAGUGGAAGAGAUCGCGAAGGAGGUGAGUGAACUGAGCCGCAGAAACGACGUCGUCAUCUCCACCGGCGGCGUCGGUCCAACUCACGACGACAAGACUUACAUCGGCUAGUCCUCAACAACUUUCUCUUUUUCGCUUUAGUUUUUUUCUUUUUCAAAAACCUCUUUCUUUCAUCUGUUCAGUUCUUUCAACCGUUCCCUUCGUUGAUUAAUCUUUCAGAUUGGGUUUAGCCCGUUCGGCGUCGGCUUAUCAUCAUUUUUUUUACUAAGAACUACAGAAGGAAUCUUCUUUUUGAUGAAUUUUUUCGUUAUAUUAAAGGCGCAUACACUGAAGCAGGCCGCGCGCAUCGAAAAGAAGCUUUCAGGAAGGGUUCUGUGGCUCGGAGGAAAAAAAAACCUUGAUAAGCUGUCGCUGAAUGUGCUGUAGGUUUGACUAUUACAUAUCCAACAAACACGAGAAAUUAACUUAACUUUGGGGUUUCCGAAUCAUUAUAUAGGGCAUGAAGUUGAGAAAAGUUUUUUAUGAUAUCCCCAAACAAAAAGUAAACAACUUCCUUCCCAGGACUUGCACGAGCUUUCCACGACGAGUUAACGCUUUCGGCUGAAAUUCGCGAGUCGAUCAACCGAUUUCUGCCGACCUACGAGGCCAAACGGGACAAGGAGCGCAAGAACAGCAACGCGAAGUUCGAAGAAACGGACUCCGAAUCAACUCUAAGCGUCGCCGUCGAGAAACUCAGCAUGGUGGGCUUCUGAAUACUCGACGUCGACGUCGACUUCAGAUUCCUCGAAGCGCCGAGUUGCUGUGGGGACGACAUCCGACCAAGGGCGACGUCUCCAACUUCCCGGUCGUCAGAAUCCGCAACGUCGUCGCCUUUCCUGGCGUCCCCAAGUUUUGCGAACGCGCCUUCGACAUGCUUCAGGUAUCAUUUUUUGCAAAUAUAAUGUAUUCACAUUUUUUGAGUCAGAACAAUAAUUUUUUAUCAAUGAACAUUCAAUGAAUUUUAUGAUUUUCCAUGAAAGUUUCUUUCUGCUUCGCUUUAGUCACUGGAAACCUGUUUUUUGUGAAUUCCGUGAGAAAAAAAAAAGUAAAUAAGUUGUCGCGUGAGGUACGACGUCUUCUGCACGGUUGGGCGAUAUUUUUUCGUAGUGGAAGUCUUCUUUCCCAGAUAGUUCAUAAGAUUCUGAAAAACACAGGAUCAACUCUUCCCGCCGCAAGAAAGGCCUAGAUUUUACGCCGAAACAUUCUUCACGGAUCUCGACGAGUUUGAAUUCUCGAAGAAGCUGACGGCCCUCGCGGCGAAAUUCGAAGGAAGCAGCGUCCAAAUAGGCAGCUAUCCUGUCGUCAAAAACAUGUUUGGAUCUCAAUUCACUACUAUUGUUUAAUGCAAGCCUAGGUAUUUCAAAGCCAAGCUCAUUGUGGAGUGUGAGGACACGGAAAAACUGGGGGAGGUGACGGCUGAGAUCAAGGAAAUGCUCAAAGGUCGGAUUUCGUUCGGAUUUUAUUAAGUUCAGAGAAAAGUUAGCGUAGCCUCUACGUGGUAAAAUAAUUCAAAAAAAUUAGAAAAUUCGACUACGUGCUCUUUGACAAUCUUGUAAUCUUUCACGGCAAAAUAAAUUUAGGAAGAAAUUUUAUUAAGGAUCCAGAAAUGUAAAUUUUCGAACGAAAAACGGGCGUGCUCUGGGCUUUCCUGAGCAAGUCUAGAAAUAAAGAGUGUUGGCGCCGCUAAAGUUGCCACUGGAAAUGCUCAGAAACGUCCAAUUCUCUUUAUCGAGGUCCCAGCAAGUAGGGCUAUUUUUGAUAGCCGUGGAGCACCCUUUCAUGUGAUAUCUUCACAAAUCAGACCUGUCCCACCUCAUUCUUUAGAGACUAGUUCAUUUAAGAAUUGAAGCUAAUAAACCUAAGAACUGCAGACCACAUCAUCUACUAUGAUGACUGCGCCUGGAUCGACAGCCCCAACAAGUUGAAGGCCUUCAAAGAACGGGAGAAGGUCAGCGACGCCGAGUUCGUGAGCCGACUCGAGGAAGCCGAAAAGAUAACCGAGAAAAUCCUGGAAGAAUAUUCGUCAGUUCACUAUUUGGACGAGUCGAAAACUUCCAAUUUCUUUAGCCUUGACCAAAUCGCCUUGUCUUUCAACGGCGGAAAAGACUGCACAGUUUUGCUGCAUCUGCUUCGAGCAAAAGUCGAUGAGUUGAGAUUGUUUCGGAUCCCAUUUCGGAACGGAUUUCUCUCAGGAAAUACGGUCCGAACGUGCCCAUUCAAGGGUUCCACAUUAUGGUGGAAGACCAGUUCCCCGAGGCGACGCAGUUCAUCAUCGACUCUGCUCUUCGGUUUGAAUGAUCAAUUUCAGACAGAAGAGUCCUAUAAAUUAUUUCGAACAGUUUUAGCUUCAUCUUAUUUCUAAGUUUGUAACCACUAAAAAGUUUCGAAUGAAAACUUCAGUUUUCCGAAUUUUCUUUGCCAUUUAAUUAACGCAGAAAUCUGCAUUUUCCCCGCAAGUCGGUUAAAUUUUCCGCCUUUUCAUUCAUUCGCACAAAUUAUUUUUUUAAAACUUUUUUUUCAUCAAAACCCUGUUAUUAUAUAAAUCUCCAAUUCUACGAUUCUCCGUACCAUUUUAGGCAUAUCAUUGACAAGCAAAAAAUAUUACAACGUGGAAAUUUAUCUCGAAAUUAUCAUAACUCACAUCAAGCUCUUGAAACAAGGAAAUGAAAAACUGUUCCGAUUCCAGCUACAACAUCACGGUGUUAGAAUUCCCUGGCCCUCUUCAAACCGGCCUGCAACUGUUGAAAAACCAACGGCCGCGAGUCGUCGCCGUCUUCAUGGGAAGCAGAGCGAGCGAUCCGAAGGGAAAGUACAUGAAGUGAGGCUUCUCCGAUUGCUUUCCGGCAGCCUCGAGUCCAGGUCGCCGGUCGAGUGGACCGACAAAAACUGGCCUCAACUUCUGCGAGUCUGUCCGAUCCUGCAGUGGAGCUACAACGACGUCUGGCAGGCCCUCAGAGGUCUCUGCGUUCCUUAUUGCGUCCUGUAUGACCAGGUUAGUUAUUUAGAAUGCUUUCCAUGUUUACUCUUAUUUUAAUUCAUAUGUUCCUAUUUUAUUCCAUCUUAAUCGCUAAAGUUGUCAAUUGAAGGGCUACACGUCGCUCGGCGGCCGUGACAACACGCGAAAAAACGAGAAGCUCCGCGUCACGGCGACUGAUGGACGCGACUUUUUCCUGCCGGCCUAUAAACUUGCCGACGAAGCUUUCGAACGAACCAACCGAUCCAGUAUCUAA